AUGGCACGACCAUCUAUGUCACGUGUGGUUGCAAUGCUCUCUGGAGACAUUGACAUAAGCACUGUCAUGUCGAAGCCAAGCUAUUUGACAGAUUAUGAUUUUAAAGGUGUAACAACAUCGUUAACAAGUAGAUUUUUGGUGGAGGAUGAUACCCCAUCAACUUCAUCCAAGGGUAGUAAUGUUCGCCUCAACUAUCAAUCUGGAGGCAGCAAUGCAAGUGCAAGAGGACUUGCUUACCUCCAUGAGGAGUCAAGGCCAAGGAUUGUACAUCAAGAUGUCAAAGCCAUUAAUAUUUUGCUCGAUGCAGAACUCCCCCCAAAAAUAUCAGAUUUUGGAUUGGCAAAGCUUUAUGAUGGCGAGAAAACCCACAUCAGCACCUGGGUUGCAAGGACAAUAGGCUAUUUGGCACCCGAGUAUGCAAUGCGUGGACAUUUGAUAGAGAAGGCUGAUGUGUUUGGUUUUGGAGCUACAUGGACUCUACAUGAAAAUGACCAAAUUCUGGGGUUGGUGGAUCCGAGAUUGACAGAGUUUGACGAAACUGAAGCGACUAGACAGAUAAGAGCAGCUCUCAUGUGCACGCAUGCAUCACCAAUGAUGAGGCCAUCUAUGUCACGCGUGGUGGCAAUGCUCUCUGGAGAUAUUGACAUAGGCACUAUCAUGACGAAGCCGAGCUAUUUGACAUAUUAUGAUUUUAAAGAUGUAACGACAUUGUCAACAGGUAGCUUUUUUAUGAAGGAUGAUACCCCAUCAAAUGCAUCCAAGCAUAGUAAUGACCGCCUCAACUAUGAGCCUGAAGGCAACAAUACAAGUGGUGCUAACACCCCCCGUGGUUGA